CCCUCGAUGCAAUUGUCUCUUCUUCUUCAUCUUCUCUCUCUCUCUCUCUUCUUAAAUUUGCAUUAUAAAAUCACAUCCACUUUGCUCCUCCCUCUUCAACACAAUCUUCAUCUUCUCCACUCUCGUUCCCAAUUUCUCUCUCUGACACAUUAACUACUUAUCAUUCUUGCGUUCUUCUCCUCUCUCUCCACAUACACAGAACACAACGACACUUACUUUACACUGAGAAAGAAGAUGUCGAGCAGAAGAUCAAGACAGUCAGGAAUCUCUGACGAUCAGAUUGCUAAUCUUGUUACAAAGCUCCAACACCUUAUUCCUGAACUCCGCCGCCGCCGUUCUGGCAAGGUGUCAGCAUCUACGGUACUGCAAGAGACUUGCAACUACAUCAGGAACUUGCACAGAGAGGUUGAUGAUCUAAGUGACCGUUUGUCGGAACUCUUGGCUUCAACGGACGACAACAGCGCCGAAGCAGCCAUCAUUAGGAGCUUGCUUAAUUAGUAAAAUUCUCAUUAAUUAAUCUGAGAACUAUUAUGAAUAUCAUCUAUUGCCGCGCGCCGUGAAAUUUGUCUUAUUAUGAUUAUGAGUAUGUGUUUCCAUCUACGUUAAAUAUUAUGUUAUAGCUAGGGUUUCAGGUCAUCUGUUAGGCCAACUCAUAUAUUAUUUAUAAUACAUGGUUUAUGUAUGUAUGUGAGUUCUAUGCGAGGUUCUCUAUAAUAGCCUGUGUAUCAUGAGAUCCUCUUAUAUUUAUGAUUUAUGACACAGUGCGUUUCCUUAA